AUGAAAGAUAAAGAGGAGAAAAAGUGGACAAAAGAGAAUGAGCUUCAACUUAUCACAAGGUUUGACUGAAUAUAUUUUUCGGUGUUUGCGUACUGUAUCUCUAGCGCAGGAAAUUUUGCAUAGAUGGUUUUUGUUAUUCUAGUUAAGGAUUAGUCUGUACACAGGCUAGUUAAGGAUUUUCUUUGUGUGUUCUGGAAGGUUUAUCUCAUUGGCCUAUGUUGUAUUUUUUUUCGUAGAUUGUACAACUCUGGCGUAACCCAAGAAUGCGAUGUGGAUUGGAUGGAAGUGAAGUCUGACUUCAAAAGGUGAGUUGAAUUUUUUUAUUGGACUAAAAAGUGAUCAUAUUUAUGAGAAUAUCACAAAACGUUAGUGAUUUUGCCUCCUAGAUUCUGAUAAAAAUCUUUAUUUCGUAUCGCUGCACCCAUUUCAAGUUCAUUGCCUUGGUAUUUUCUGUUCUUGUCAAUCCAUGCCAUGAAAUUCAAAUUUAAUCCAAGCACACAACUGGAAACUUUCCUUAGAAAUGUCUUUCAUUUUCAUUUUUAAUCCCUGGAUACCCAAAAGGACGUCUGCGUGGGAGGCUAAAUUGCGGCGAAAGAAGAGAGGAUAGUGUAUUGUGCCCCUUGUAUCUACAGUACCCAUAAGGAAUGAACGUUUUGGUUUAGUUUUUGUUCUAGCAUUUUGCUUGUUUGCUGCCUUCGCUCAAUCUUAUUCGCGACUUAACUGUUAAUUUCAGCAAUUACCCACCACAGUGGCUCCGGAACAAAUGGUCAGAAGUCAAAAGAAAAGUUCCAGACUAUCAUUUGCUGGAAUUUGAAGGUGCGUCAAAGUCAAGAGUUCGGCAAUAUUUAUUUAUAUGUAGCACCAGUCUCCUGUUGGUUUUUGCUAAGAUUUCUAAUAAGGAAUUUUUGGGGGAACACUACGGUCUACUAAGGGAUGCAAGUUGUAUAACGAGUGGGAAGUCUCUGUUCGCCAUAUGACCCUUUACCCAAGGUGACAAAAAAAAAUUUGAAGAAAAAGAAAUAUUAACUUUUAUUUUGUAAAAUAAUGAAAACCAAAUAGUUCAUGACAGUAUCACCGAAGAGAUUUCAUUUGAUUGGCCCGGGUUUUCGUGCACAAAUGUCGGAUUCAUUCAUUCGUUCGUUCGUUCGUUCGUUUGUUCAUAAAAACUCAUACAGUUUCUUUGGCCUACAGACGUCUUUGAUUUGCAUAUAGUUAUUUGAAACAUGAAUGUUUCACCUUUUUUCUCAGCAGUCAAAAAGGUUAUGCAUGAAAACAGUUCAUAAUUCACCUUUCCACACCUGCCCAGAAAUAUGCUUGAUAAGGUCUUAAGCUUUCAUAACCCACCAAUAACUGAUAAGCCCUUAGGGGGUGGUGGUGGUGAUGGUGGGGGGGGGGCGCUAGUGGUGUGGUAAAAAGAGGAAGUAUGGCAUAUCUAAACGUUUUUCUGUUUUCUUCAUCUUCUGUUUCUGUAGAUAUUUUGGAUUAUCUGUACCAUGUAUAUGGCAGAACUCUAACAGCUCAACUUGAAGCUGAGGCUUCCACAUCCAGCAACGAUGCCAGUUAGAAACCAUUUCAGAAUGAGCCUCAUGAGGCGGCCUGCUGUGCUUCUGUACAACCGAAUUAUAGUAACGUUCGGUAGAAGCACCACGUAUACCCUGGGUACCAGAGGUUUUUCUCGCGUGCGGCGGGAAUUUUAUGUGUUGGCCGUAGGCCGAAGCCACGAGCGGCGAAGCUUUUCGCGCGGGUCGCUAUAAAGACUUGACAGAAACCGGAAACCGCGCUAGAAAAGUCUCUGGCACCCAGGGUACACCGCGUAUGAACUGGGCAUAUUUUCCUCUGUUUAGUUUACGGUUUUUAUAUCUUAACCACCCGUGUGGUUACAGCCGGCC